AUGGCUGUAGAUUACGUACUUGAAGAUUUGAUGGGCAAAUUAGGGGAAUUUGGUCGCUAUCAGGCUUUUCAAUUCUUCCUACAAGUUCUGUCCGGCCUUACAGCCGGUCUUCAUAUGCUGUCACUGGUCACUGUACAAGCUGUACCCGAGCAUCGAUGCUUCAUUGAAGGUGUAGAUAAUUCGAGCUUUUCAUACGUCCCGUGGAAUUCGUCAGAAAUUUUGGCUGCCAUUCCUCUAAAGGAAAAUGGUGAAUUGGACUCAUGCCAUAUGUAUGAUAGUAACAACAACACCGUUUCAUGCGAUGCUUACGUUUACGAUCGAACAUAUUACGAGACAUCACGGGCAAUUGAUUGGAAUUUUGUAUGCGAACGUCGUUGGAUGGGAAGCAUAGUUCAGACGGUUUUCAUGUUGGGCGUUUUUACUGGUGCCGUCACCCUCGGAGGUUUGGCCGAUAAAGUUGGCCGUAAAACGGUCUUCUGCUGGUCAGCCCUGUUGCAGUUGAUUAUUGGCGUGUCUGUUGCAUUCAUACCCGAAUACUACUCAUUUAUGGUUGCUCGUUUCCUUUUGGGCAUUUUCGGAUCGGCUGGUGCCUACAUCUGUGGUUUUGUGCUAACGAUGGAACUGGUGGGACCUAGUAAACGUACAGCUUGUGGCAUAACAUUCCAGGCUGUCUUUGCUGUUGGUAUUAUGUUGGUAGCUGGCUGGGGUGCAUUGAUAAAGGAUAGACAAUUGUUACAAGUUGUUUAUGGUCUCCAUGGUGUUCUGUUUCUGGCCCAUUGGUGGCUUUUGGAUGAGUCUCCCCGUUGGUUGUGGAUGCAAGGUCGUGCCGCAGAGGCUGUUGAUAUUGUUGCCAAGGGCCUAAGAAUGAACGGAUCUGGCAUUCCAGUUGACAAAGAAUAUUAUGUACAAAAAUCAAAGGCCCAACAGGCAGCCGAAGAAAAGUCCAGUGCUGGUCUAAGCGAUCUCUUCAAAACACCAAACUUGCGCAUGAAAACACUGAAUGUCUGUCUCUGCUGGUUCGCCAACUCCAUAGUCUAUUAUGGGUUAUCUUUAAGUACUGGAAAACUAUACGGAAAUCCAUUUUUGAUAUUGUUCAUAAUGGGCUUGGUUGAAUUCCCCAGUUACUUUACCAUUGUUAUGGUUCUAGAUCGAUUGGGCAGAAGACCCAUCACAAGUACAUUGAUGAUUGGUGGAGGUAUAUGCUGUAUAGUGGCAGCUUAUAUUGCUCAAGGUAGCACCACAUCCACUGCUAUUGUAAUGGUAGGAAAACUUCUUAUUGCCGGUUCUUUUGCUGUCAUCUAUAAUUACUCGGCCGAACUGUUUCCAACUGUUGUGCGAAACUCUGCUAUGGGCUUGGGAUCUAUGUGUGCUCGUUUGUCUGGCGCUCUGACACCACUCAUUACCCUACUAGAUUCCUUCGAUCCCAAGAUUCCUGCCGUCCUAUUCGGCGUGAUAGCGCUCAUUUCCGGUUUCUGGGUUAUGUUCCUACCAGAGACUAUGAACAAGCCCAUGCCCGAGUCCAUAGAUGAUGGUGAGAACUUCGGCAAAGGUGAUACCUGGUUCAGUCAAUGCGCUGGCAGAAAACCAAACAGAGACAGCAUCUACCAGGAUGAUCCAGAACAAAUGGUGCCACUAAAAACUAUUGAAAAGAAGUAG